AUGGCGCAACAGAGGCGCGACGGAGACACGACGGGGGCGCAAGGGCACGGUGGCUGUUAUUGUUCUUGCGGCGGAGGCACAAGGGUGCAAGGGCGCGACAAUCAAAUAGAGUUGAUCUUCCUUUUAUCUGUCACCGUCAUCAAGGAAAACCUAUUCCUCGACGACAUCAUGGUUGUCGAUUGGGUCACCGAUGGCCUUAGCAACCUCGUUCCGCCGCCAGGCUCGGCACUUUGUGUCAACUUCUUGAAAUUGAAGGAGGGCGCAGUUGGAGACGAGGUUUUGGGUGUGGUUAGAGGAAUUCUAGAGAAUUUUAAGCAGAUUAGUGAGUUCAGUUUUGGGGAGAAUUUUUCGCCAGGGAGAGCCAAGGGUUUCACGAUUUCUUCGCUCGCGGUUUUUGCGGGACCGGCCAAGUUGGAGGUCGUGGAUUCAAAUAAGGAGUUGGUGAAUUAUCAGUAG